AUAAAUAAAAAAUAAAAAAAAAAAUAAAAAAAGGGAAAACCCCCAAACGCAGGACGCGGCGGUGGCGGGGCCGCCCGGGCCGGAGCUGCGGCACCCGCCCGGCAGACCGGCCGCUGGGAGCCUUCCCCGGGGGCGCCGCGCGGGGCUCUGCUGCUGCCCCAUGAGGAGCGCUGCGCCGCGCGGAGCGGGCCGCUGGGCGGGGAUCAGAGUUAAAAUUUCCAGUAGAGACUGCUUCUGGCAGCCUCUUGUCUGCCAUGGGCCAAGUCUGAUCUUUACCUGUUGCUGUCCAUUGACUCUGAUCACACUCUGAUGUUUUAGCUUUGCUCUCCUACUCUUAGGUAGCAUCAGAUUCUAGUGUCUUGAAUCAGUCUCCACUGUUUGAAAUCCCUGGGACCUGUCACCAUGGAGACUGAAAGCGAGCAGAACUCCAACUCCACCAAUGGGAGUUCAGGCUCUGGAGGAAGCACUCGCCCUCAGAUAUCUCAGAUGUCUCUGUAUGAGCGACAGGCAGUGCAGGCCCUUCAGGCACUGCAGAGACAGCCCAAUGCAGCCCAGUACUUCCAUCAGUUCAUGCUCCAGCAGCAGCUCAACAGUGCCCAGCUGCACAGUCUGGCAGCUGUCCAGCAGGCUACAAUUGCAGCCAGCAGGCAGGCAAGUUCCCCCAACACCAGCACCCCCCAACAGACCACCACCACCCAGGCCUCAAUCAAUCUGGCCACUACAUCGGCCGCUCAGCUAAUCAGCCGCUCACAGAGUGUGAGCUCCCCCAGCGCCACCACGCUUACACAGUCUGUGCUCCUGGGGAACACCACCUCGCCGCCUCUCAAUCAAUCACAGGCCCAGAUGUAUCUCCGGCCGCAGCUGGGGAACCUGUUGCAGGUGAACCGGACCUUGGGCCGCAAUGUGCCUCUUACUUCCCAGCUCAUCCUGAUGCCUAACGGGGCUGUGGCCGCUGUCCAGCAGGAGGUGCCACCCGCUCAGUCUCCCGGGGUCCACACAGACACAGACCAGGUGCAGAACUUGGCUGUGAGGAGCCAGCAGACCUCAGUCGCUAAUGCCCAGCUCCAGAGCUCUGCUCAGAAAGCAGCCCUUCCAGGAAACUCCCAGACUUCAGGCCUACCACAGGCCACAAAUGCCAGCCAGACCUUGGCAGUGGCUCAGGCCUCUUCUGGCAACACAGGCCAGUCCCUGAAUCUGAGCCAAGGGGCAACAGGCAGUAAUGGUGUCUCUGGGGGUGUGGUGGCAGGUGGUGGGAGCCAGGCCACCACAGGGGUGGGCCAGGCAGCCUCUUCUGGCCCUGGGGGCAGCUGCCAGAGGAAAGGCACUGGGGUGGUGCAGCCAUUACCAGUAGCAGCUGCCCAGGCAGUGACAGUAAGCCAGGGGAGCCAGACAGAGACAGAGAAUGCAGCGGCAACAAAGAAGGCUGAAGCAGACGGUGGGCAGCAAACCGUUGGCAUGAACCUGACCAGGACAGCUACGCCAGCGCCCAGCCAGACCUUGAUCAGUUCAGCCACAUACACACAGAUCCAGCCCCACUCACUGAUCCAGCAGCAGCAGCAGAUUCACCUGCAGAAGCAGGUGGUGAUCCAGCAGCAGAUUGCCAUUCAUCACCAGCAGCAGUUCCAGCACCGCCAGUCCCAGCUCCUACACACCGCCACCCACCUCCAGCUGGCCCAGCAACAGCAACAGCAAGCUUCACCUCUGACCCAGCAGCAGCAGCAAGCUCCGCCUCCCCAGCAGCAGCCUUCGCCUCCACAAAAUCAGCAGCAGGCUCAGACCCUUGUGGUCCAACCCAUGCUGCAGUCACAGCCUCAGCCCAUACAGCUUCAGCCUGACAGCCCCUGCCAGACAGCCACCAAGUCACCUGUUCCUAUUCAGUCCAAGCCACCUUCAGCCCCCAUCAAACCACCGCAGCUUGGAGCUGCCAAAGUGUCAGCAGCACAGCAGCCCCCACCACACAUCCCAGUGCAGGUGGUGGGGAGCCGGCAGCAGGGCUCAGCCCAAGCCCAGGCACUGGGCUUGGCUCAGAUUACCCCUACAGCGUCGGCCCCCCGGGGCAUGCCGGCAGUGGUCCAGCCCGUCGCCCAAGCCCACGCAACUUCCCCAUCAUCCCAAGCUCCUUCUGCCACAGCUUCCCCCCAGGAAUCUCCUCCACUCACUACUGGAGUCAACUUGGCACAAGUUCAAGGCACGGCCCAUGUGGUGAAGAGCACGGCCUCGUCCCCAGUCAUGGCUCAGGUGCCAGCAGCAUUCUACAUGCAGCCUGUCCAAUUACCCGGCAAGCCCCAGACCUUGGCAGUGAAGCGCAAAGCAGAAUCAGAGGAGGAGAAGGAGGAGUCGCCCAGUGCCACUACACUCCUGCCUGCCAAGUCGUCUCCUGUGGCAGAGAGCCCCAAAACCAUGGAGGAGAAGAGUGGCUUUGGAGAGAAAUCUGAGCCUGUCCCCAGCACAACUCCAAAUGCCCCCACAAGUGAAGCAGCUUCCAUCACCACCACAUCUUCCCCUGCCCCUACCCUGGCAAUGGUGUCGCGACAGACUGGAGACUCCAAACCCCCACAGGCCAUCGUCAAGCCCCAGAUCCUCACGCACAUCAUCGAGGGCUUUGUCAUCCAGGAAGGGGCAGAGCCAUUCCCGGUUGGCUGCUCUCAGCUGCUGAAAGAGUCUGAGAAGCCGCUCCAGGGAGGGGCUCCCUCCGGGCAGAGUGAGAACCAGUCCAGCAACUCCCCAGGAGGGGAUAGCGCAACCCUGGAGCUGGACAAGAAGACAAACCUGCUGAAGUGCGAGUACUGUGGGAAAUAUGCCCCAGCCAAUCAGUUCCGGGGCUCCAAGAGGUUUUGCUCCAUGACCUGUGCUAAAAGGUACAAUGUGAGCUGCAGCCAUCAGUUUCGGCUGCAGAGGAAGAAGAUGAAGGAGUUCCAGGAAGCUAACUAUGCCCGUGUGCGUCGGCGUGGACCGCGGCGCAGCAGUUCCGAAAUCGCCCGAGCCAAGAUCCAGGGCAAGCGCCAUCGGGGUCAGGAAGAUUCCAGUCGAGGCUCCGACAACUCUAGCUACGAUGAGGCUCUGUCCCCCACGUCCCCAGGGCCCUUGUCAGUGAGGGCCAGUCAUGGAGAGCGAGACCUGAGCAACUCCAACAUGGCCCCACCUACUCCAGACCUACAUGGCAUCAACCCAGACUUCCUGUCCAGCAACCCCAGCCGCUGGAGUGUAGAGGAGGUGUAUGAGUUCAUCGCCUCCCUGCAAGGCUGCCAGGAGAUCGCAGAGGAGUUCCGCUCACAGGAGAUUGACGGCCAGGCCCUGCUGCUGCUUAAGGAGGAGCACCUCAUGAGCGCCAUGAACAUCAAGCUGGGACCUGCCCUCAAGAUCUGCGCCAAGAUCAACAUCCUCAAGGAGACCUAACAGCCUUGGCGCCAGAGGUCUCCCUUUUCUCCUGACCCCAGUGGAACAGCCUGCCUCGGGAGUACAUGGCUAGGGGAAUGGGACCAUUUCCUAUGAUCUUGUAUAACAAAGAAAAGAACGAGAAAGGAAGUUUAAAUGAGUGAAACUGUCACUCGGAAGCCUGUGUCUUGGUCUCUUAACGGUGCUACAAGGGGGAGGAAAACUCCCACCUGGGGCCUUGAAACUUUUCUUCCCUUCCUCAAGUGCAUCUCUCUUUCUUUUAAACUCCUCCCCUCUCUCCCUCCCCCCCCAUGGAGAUCCAGAGGUGGAGAAACUCCUAGAAAGGGAAAAAGAGGACCUCUUUCCACCUCAGAGGCUCUUGGUCAUAACCAGAGUUUGUUUUUUGGGGGGGGUGGGGGAGGGGAAGGAAGCUGAGUUGGCCCCUUCCUGCCACAGUGGGGCUGCUAGAUCCUGUUAUUUCUUUUGAAUUUUUCACCAUACCAGAAUGUGAUGCAUGGAGUGAAACCUGCCCAGUGCUGAUGCUGGGAGCUGCCUUGCUUAUCUCUGUUGUUGGGGGAGGAAAGCUAGUGAAUUCCAGAUGUUAGGAGAGGCGGACAGGUAAGAAUUAGCACUUAAAGUGCCACCUCCCAUUCCACUUUCAUAAAUCCUCAUAGACUAUGGUUCUGAGUUGGGUUUAAUAGCCAUCAUGGCAUGUGUACCAAACCCUGGAGGCCCAGGGCAAAGGCAAUUGCUUUGCUUUACUGUCUCCUUUAGCGGUGCAGCUUGAAGGCUGUAAAUGUUGUAGUGGCCGCUCACUCCGGAUCCACCCCCAUUGGACCAGUAGAAGGGGGUUUAAUUAGAGCACUUCUGCCAAGGAGUUUGGAGAACAAGGGGGAGCAUUCAUUUUGGGAGCCCUGUAGCCUCAGAUGUUUGUCUCUUUCCUGAAGACUGGGACGUCGCUUAUGGAUCCAAAGCAGGAGUUUUCAAGAGUGCUAAGGCUCCAGCCCGUUCUAUAGGACUUUUUAUUUUAGUGUUAUCUUUUCAGUUUGUAUUAUUUUGUAUCUCUUCUCUCUCCUCAGGAGAGUGUACGGGACAAAAUUUCAAUGGGCAGGAUUGUACCCACCUGUCUCAGGUCUCUUAUUUUUGGUUGUAAAACAAAUAUUUCUUUUCCUCAUAAAAAGAAUGCUUCAAAAACUG